GCAACACCCGGCACGGGCCACGAGAGCUUCCGCUGUUUUUGUUGAGAUCGCCAUUGCUUCAUGCAAAUUAAAUGCUUUGCCUCCAUCCGGUCUUCGACAGGACUGCCUACGUUCGGACCCUGUCAAUCUACUCUUCCUGACCGCCUUCACUUAGUCUUCCUGGUGUGAAGAGCUCUGGGUCUUUUCUUUUCACUUCGCUCCCUUCCUUCGAGGGGAGGAGUUCAAGAUUUUUGCGCAGUUCUUUAACCGGAGUCCCAAAGCACUCCAACGUCGCUCUUUUUCGCCUCUUCCUCAAAGUCCGCCCUCUCCUCAUGCUCAAAAGUCUAGGCUAUCCUUAGGCGACCGUCCUCGAUCCAUAUCCUCCGAUAUCGACAAACUCAGAAUGGCUUUCAGUUUCGGUGGCCCAACCCCCACUGGGGAUGUCACUCCAGUGGAAGCAGGACCUGAACUCCCGGACGUCUACGCUGAGGUACGUUGAAUUGCUCUUUGUCCUGUCACACUUCUGUUUGAAGCCAAUUCUAAUCAGUUCUCGAAUUAUAGGAAGUCGGCUUCAAAGGCGUCUCCGGUGACUGCAACAUUCGACUACUACCGACCCCCUGGCCCGAGGAUGCUCUCCCGGCGCCAACCUCCACCCUUCUCGCCGUCGCAUCCACAAAAGGUGUAGUGGUCGGUGCAGGUCCCGACUGUCUAAGUGUCGCUUCGUCCGAUUCAGUGAGAAAAGCAAUUUCCGCGCCCACCGAUGGGAAAGUGAAAACAAAGCCGUUCCAACCUCAAACAACCAUCCCCCUACCUGCACGACCGACCCACGUAGCCUUCGCAUCCGGCGACAGCGCGUUAGUUGUGACUACGGAGACUGGAUCGCAGCUGUUUGUUUAUGAGACCGACAGUCUGUUAACAGGAAAUGGCCAACCGGCUUUAUCCUUGCCGGUCAACGGCGCUCCCUUCCGCGCUGUCGCACCGAACCCUGCGCCUCCAAAUGUCGACGAGUCGUCACUUGUGGCCUUGGUCACCGGCGGUGGUGAGCUUCUCAUUGCAAAUCUCAAAACAGGUCAACUGCUCUCGGGAGCGAAUGGCCAAGCCAUGAAAUCCGGAGUGAGCUCGGUUUGCUGGAGCAACAAGGGCAAACAACUCGUCGCUGGACUUGCGGAUGGAACGGCGCGUCAGAUAAAACCAACUGGUGAACAAACGGCUACUAUUCCGCGUCCCCCAGAUCUCGAGGGAGAGUGUCAUGUGUCCUCCAUUUCGUGGCUUGAGAACGAUCUCUUUCUAAUGGUCUACACGCCGAACACCGCAGAGGAUGAGACAGGCCAAACACCGCCCUCUUCAUACUAUCUUAUCACAAGAAGAAAACAAGCACCCUUCUUGAUCCAGAAACUUCCCGAAUUGUGUCUGCCAUUUGGGUACAAGCGGGCCCCGGCAUAUCAGUUUAUUGCGCGACUUCGGAACUACGAGCCCGACCUCAAGGACGUUUUGAUUCUUUCUUCUACUGCAUCUACUGAUGUCGGUUUAAUCACAAGGUCUUCUAAACCGCUUGCCAGUGAUGAAGAUGCUAAGAAGACUACGGAUGUCUUCACCACCACCGAAGUCAGCGAUGAUACCAAAAGGGCAUCGCUGCCAUUGUCAGACACCGAUGGCGAAACCUCAGUUAUCGGCUUGGGCGUUGACCUAUCUAGCACGGAAAAUGUUGUCGCCCCAAUUGCAGGAGAAGACAUCGCGGAGAGCUCGACCCCCCUGCCAAACCUCCUCCUUCUCAAUAACGAAGGCAUCCUCGCUUCUUGGUGGUUCAUCUAUUCCGAGGCUAUUCGUAAGCAGCUGCCCUAUAAUGGCCAAGGGACUGGAAACCAGACCCAAACCCAGCCUCAGUCCCAGCCACAGCCAAUGCAAGCGGAGGCUCCAAAACAGCCAGCAUUCGCACAGUCAGGAUUCGGGCAAUCAGGAUUUGGACAGUCAGGAUUCGGCAGCCCAUCUGGCCCUGCGUUUGCAAAGCCAUCUUCAACACCAUCGUUUGGCAGCCUAUCAGCAAUGGGUGGACGUUCCCAACCUUCGUUCGGGGCGCCAUCACUCCCAGGUGCUUCAACAUUCGGUGCCCCCUCACAAAUGGGGUCUUCUUUUGGCGCCCCUAGUGCUUUGGGCCAACGCGGCCCAGCCCAGUUUGGCAAAUCAAGCUUCGGCUCGAGUACGCCGGCACCUUUCGGACAAUCGUCUACCGCUGGAAACGGAGGCAGCUCUCUCCCCUUCGCCUCGUCGGGUGCCGCUGCUGGAGGCGGCUUUGGCUCGUUCGCUAACGCGGGAUCGAGUGGUUUCGGUGCAUUCGCGGCCUCUAAACCUGCUGCAGAAUCGCCCUUUAAUAAGACCUCAACCGAGUCACCCUUUGCCAAAGCGUCAAAUGAGUCCCCGUUUGCCAAAGUAUCAGGCGAGUCGCCAUUUGCUAAGGCGUCGGGCGAAUCGCCUUUUGGCAAACCCACCACCGCAAAUCCUUUCGGGAAACCCUCAGCGCCGUCACCUUUCGGUCAAACAAGCACAACAACUACGAGCUUCGGUUCGCAGAAAACAGAAGAGUCCAAAGGCACCUUCGGCCUUGGAUCUGGUGGUUUCGUGCUUGGGUCUACAAUGAAGGGCGACGGAAGUGCUGCCAACGAUGGUCCAAAGCCGGACAAACCAUCAGGAGGAUUGUUCUCGUUGGGGGCCUCCAUGGAUGAUAUGGUCUCUUCACCUAACAAACCUAGCACACCCGCGGAGUCCAUGGACGACGCGGAAGAUGCCCCAGCAGCUCCCGCAGAAGAAGAGAAGAAGCCUGAACCCAAACAAGCGACACCAUCGUUAUUUGGUGGGCCUUCGUUUGGAACCCAGCCUCAGCCACCUCAGCCAUUUGGAGCUCCUCAGACGAACAAAUCACCAUUCUCCCUGUUCGGAAACACUGAAAAGAAACCUAGUCCCCUCUCACCGCAAUCAGAACAGACGGUGACGCCUUCAAAGUCGAAAGAGGAGUUAGACGCAAAGAGUUCACCUCCUUCCUCGAUGGCCGAGCCUCCGCUACCUCCGGACCCAACCAGCAAGACCGUAUAUGGGCCCGGUGACACUUCAGCUUCUUCCAAUGUCUCCAAGAGCUCAGUUGAAGAUGCGCCCCUGCCCCCUGACUUUACCAUACCGCCCAAGAACAAGCCAUCCCCGAAUCUCUUUGGAGAACCCCCGCUGCCCCCUGAUUUCACGCAGAAGCCAAAAGAAUCUGAGAAAGCGGAGGAGGCACCUUUGCCACCUGACCCAGUAACCUCGAAAUCUUCUGCGACUCCAACAAAGGACGAACCCGGCCCAGUUCCUGACGGUUCGGAUGCGGACGAUUCGGAGAAGGAGGGAGACUCCGACUUUGAUGAUAGCGGCGAGGAGAUUACGCAUGAAGAUAACGACGAGGAUGAGGAUGGGGAUGAUGAAGAGGACGAGGAUGAAGACGAGGGUGAGGAAGAAACACCCACGACCCAAGACUUCAAGAAAGACUUCGGGAAAACCCCAGAAAGCUCUUUUGAGUCUCAAUUCUCCACAACCAGCUCCACGGAAGGAUUGUUUUCGCGCCUCUCUAAACCCGGCCAGAAACCUCAGUCUCAACAGCAGCAACCCCCUCGCUCCUUAUUUGGAGGCCCUACUCAGCCACUACUUCCUGCGCCUCGUUCCCAUCACGAGUCUCCAAGAUCGCCUAGCCCAGUACGGAACGGAGCUAGGAAGUCCUCUGAACAUGCUCCUGGCAGCGCAUUAGCAGCCCGCAAGGCUGAGCUUGCUCGACAUGCCGCGGAAGAAAAGCGGAAGCUCCAAGAAAAGGAGGAGAAGGAGCGAAAGGCCCGCGAAAAGAAGAUGCAGCAAGAGCAAGAAGAAGCCGAAGCAUUAUCAGAGGACGACGAGGAGGAGAAACUCCGUGCCGAUCUGGCUUCAGCUUUAGAACCCGUUCCUACUCUGGAUCCUUUCCUUCCCCACCAGGACUACUCAGGCCAGCCCAGCAGACCCGGGAUUCCUGGCCAGAUCGAGAGACUUUAUCACGAUAUCAACUCCAUGGUGGAUACUCUGGGAAUCAAUGCACGUUCCUUGUCUUCCUACCUUCUGUACCAGAAGUUGUCAACAGAUUCGGACUGGAUUGAAAAGCUGCAGGGAGAGUAUCCUUUUGAACCUCGCGAUGAGAACUUACGUCUCUCGGAAAUCGAAAAGUUUGACGAUGCUGUGCAUCAGCUCUCGGCACAACUCGAAAAGGAACGGCUCCAGGGUGUAGACAAGAAGCUGGAGGAUUGUCAUGCAUUGAUCAGCAAAGAUAUCAUCACUCUGCGUGGGCAAUGUGCAAGCAUCCAGAAGACCCUGGACGCUCACACCGAUGCCGCAGCAAUCGUGUCUGCUCCGCUUUCCGCCGAACAACUGGCUCUCCAGCAGGAUCUCCGCAAGACUUCCACUGAUAUCCAGGCCAAGCUUGCCGACUUGGAGUCUGCGGUGUCUCUGUUGCGAGCCAGAAUUGCCGAUGCGCCCCGUGACGGUGCCUCGCGCCCAUCUAAACGACCCACCGUGGAGGCGGUGGCCUCGACUAUUUCAACCAUGAUGAACAUGGCCGAAAGCAAGCGCAAUAAUAUUGAUGUUCUUGAAGCUCAGCUACAGAGAAUGGGAAUCGACACUGCCGCGUCGCCUUCUAGCCGGGAAGGUUCGCCUUUUACGACCCCAAGGAAGGGCAAAAGCAAUCUCCCUGCCACCCCAGGCUCCACUGCAUCUCGCGAUGGGCCUGUCAGCUCUUAUCAUACCCCUGAAUCUGCCGGCCGAGCUAUCAACUUCCGAUCUAGUAUCAGCGGCUCGGCCCGUGCCAGUCGUCUCCGAAAUGUCAACGGCGUCAACGACCUCGUGAGCAAAGAGGAACUCGACCAAUGGAAGGCAAAACGAAAUCGUCGCAAACAAAUGGUCGACAACUUGAAGAAGGCGAUUCAGGAGAAAAAGGUUGAGCUUAAGGUUCGAAGCGCUGAUGAUUUGUAGAAUCAAUUUGUAUUCCACGUUUGCGCGCGCAUGUAUGUUCAAUAUUCUAUUCUAUAUUUUUUAAACUCCCAUUGUGGCACGUUAUCUGUCUGUAUGUAAAUAGUGCUGUUGAAUGACAUGACCGAUCUUUUAUCUGGAAUAUCUUCCAGAUGUGUGCUUAAUGACAUCGUUUCUCUGUUCCUACUUCUUUUUGCGGGCAGGUUAUUGAGUAGCUACGUAUGCUGCAUAUUCGCAAAAGACGUAUGAUUCCCAAGAUAACUAAC